AUGGACGGCCGCCAGAUCCGGUCUCUUUCAGAUCGUGGUACCACUCGCCUGUAUAAGGAACUUGAAACACUAAGAUUCAAUUUCAGUCGAUUACUAGGAGAUUGUGAUACUGUUCCUAGAAAGUCUGAUUUGCCAGUCAUAUACGCCAUCACUCCCACAUAUGCUCGCCCAGUUCAAAAGGCAGAACUCACAAGGUUAUCACACACAUUUCGACUGGUACCAGCUUUGCAUUGGAUAAUAGUGGAAGAUGCAAGUAAACCAUCAGCUUUGGUGGGGAAACUGGUUAAUAAAUCAGGAAUACCACACACAAUUCUAACAGCGCCAACUCCUAAAGAGUGGAAACUGAGAGAAAAGGAUCCAAACUGGAAAAAACCACGAGGAGUGCUGCAAAGAAACCGUGCACUGCAGUGGUUGCGAGAAAACCUGAAACCAAAAGAUAAAGCUGUCAUAUAUUUUGCUGACGAUGACAAUGUUUACAGCCUAGAACUGUUUGAUGAAAUGCGCUGGACAAAGGGAGUAAGUGUGUGGCCAGUUGGAUUAGUGGGUGGACUCUUGGUUGAGAGACCAAUACUCAACCCAAAAACCGGUCGUGUAACAGGUUGGAAUGCAGCGUGGCGGCCAGAAAGACCCUUUCCUAUUGACAUGGCUGGCUUUGCUAUUUCGGCCCCACUUCUGUUGUCACGGCCCAAUGCGAAGUUCUCUUUAACUUCAGAUCGCGGUUUUCAAGAAUCUCAUCUUUUGCAAGCACUGACCACAAGGGAUAAACUUGAGCCCAGAGCAGACAGAUGUACAAAGGUGUACGUUUGGCAUACAAGAACAGAGAGUCCAAAACUAAAUGCUGAGUUGGCACGCAGGAAAGCCAAGAAGAACAUGAAUGAUGAAAUUGAAGUAUAGCUGGUGCAAGGAACUGAAUAAAAAUUAUGAAGAUUGCACAAGAGGAAUCCCAAAAUGUGGUUUCAGUCUCCCUCUCAAAACUGUGGUUGUAUUCUGUAAUAUUUUUUCAGAAAGCUGUUUCUUCCUUUUUGAAUUUAUAUAUAUGGCUUGGUACUGUCAAUUUUGUUCAGUAUCUCUCUAAAGGCAAAUUUUUAGGAAGCCAUUUACUGUUGACAGGUAUGCAGAAUUUUCUGUCACCAGUCAAUAAUUCACGGCUGAUGCGGGACAGAUUUCUGUCACUUCUCACCAAUGUGUUAAGAAUAUGCCCCAGAUAGAGAGAUUACUAUAAGAAAGGACUACAUUGACAGUUACAGCUUGACUGUUGCUGGCAAUAUAACUGCAAGUUAUGCCCAUACAUUCAUUUGGUCAGUGUAUUCAUUUACAGUUAGUUCAUUUGUAAAUGGUUUCAUCAGUGUCUCUUGCAAUAUCAUUACCCUACAUGAUGUUAAUUUGUUUUCUGACUUGUCAAUGGGGUCCCUUAAGAGUAAUUCCUCUAUCGUUUGUCAUGAAUCUUUGGGGUGUCAGGUUGUGGGUUUGAUUCCCAGCAGAGAUUCUCAGUUGAUUGCUCAGACUGCUUUUAGUGUAUCAAGAUAAAAUAACUGAUUAUCUAUCUUAACGUACCUGUGGUUUGCCAAAAUUGUUGCCAAAAUGAUAGCCACUGUCUGCCCAAUAUGACAGCUUUAUCACUUGUUUUUCCACAGUUUUGAUACCAGUAAAAAUUUGUUCUAUUGGCCCAAUACAUUAAAACAUCAUUGAUAUGUUUUUCAGAGGUCUGAAGGGGGAAAGUAAAAAAAGUGAGGAAAAUGCACAACAGAUUUUCAUUUUCUAAGUGCAAAAAUAAAAAUUCAAUAUUUUGACAAUACUGUUCUAUGAGAAACACAUACAUAUAUAAUAUUCUCAAGAAAGAUAGUUCUCACUUUUGAAAAGAGUGUAACCUUAGAUCUUUUGCUUUUCUCAGUAAAAAAGGCAUAAAUUUCCUUCUCAAAAUGCUGCAAACAACUGCUCCAUAAUUGCUCAUAACACUUCAUUCCAACAUUAUUUUAAUUCCUACGAAUACACCUAAUUUUUAUUUUGCAAUGUUGGUGAACAUUACACAAAGUUAUGCCAGGAAACCUUAGCACCCCUGCCCUUGAAAUCCUGUAAUUUUGUGUAUGGUCUCCACAGUUCCCAUCAGCAUAAUUGUAAAGGAAAGACGAUAGGCCCUGCAUACCAUAAAAACUAAACAAUCUGAACACUUGAGUCUAACAGUGAUUUCUUGGGCUCUUCUAGAAAGAUGUCAUUGUUCUCACUUAUUGGUCAUUUAUAUCGUUAUCCAAUUAUUAUGUCUGAUUCUUUAUUACUGAUAUUGAAGCAGAAAAUAAGUAAAUGUACAUCACGUAUCUGAAAUAAUUUAAAAUGGGAAAUAUAAGAAUUCAGUUGGGACUUAAAAGCAUCUGAAUAAACAUGGAAAAACUUGAGUGCAAAAUGUAUAAAUGAAGAUUUAUUGUGCAUCUUCCAAUUUUUUUAGGGCUUAGAAUUUUUGCCAAUUGCUGCAACAACUUUAAAUUUUUACUAUUUCAAACAAUGAUAGUAAAACCUAGAGAAAAUGGUAGAACAUUUCUAAUCUAUAUGGACUGAAAGUAGGGUGGACCAACCCAUCCUUCAUACACAAAGUUAUUGAAUGUGAUUUUAAUCCACAAAACCAGACUGUUCAUCUUCAUCUGUGAGAUUAGUGAUUUGUUUUGAACAAAUUGUGUUCUAGUAAAGAUAAAAGUUUAUUAACAAUAGUCUCUUCCUCGCAUUAGAGGUUGAGUCAAGCAAAAUUUUUUUGCAAAAGUUUGCUUGAAUGGUCAUUUGUUUCUUGACUCUAAAACUUCUGUGGUUGUCUACGAGACAAGUAAGUACAUGCUUAAUCCACAGAACAUAGAAUACUAUUCUUUAUCUAAUGAGAGAACGAAAUGGAUGCAAACAUCGCCACGUAUUACUUCAAAUGAAAGAGGUAAAUGAAGACUCAUACCAUGUAAAGAAGUGGUUUCAAUCUAAUGUCUGACCAUAUAACACAUAAUCAUAGUUAAUCUAUUCGAGUUGUGUUGAAUGAAUGAGCAUAAAGAAACUCACAUUAUAGUGUCAAGCUCUGUUGUUUAAAAUUCUGAAUAUGUGAUCGUGUACGUGACGUGACAUGAUGAUCAGGUGUAUUCUAUGUAGUGCAUUUUUCUCGUAAGUUCACUUUCCCUCAUUGAACAAAACACUGUAACAUCUGAAAUUGUAAAACAUUCACGAGAAAAGCUGACAGAAUGUGGCUAAACAACUUUUAAAUGUGUUCAAUUCAUUACACAAGAAAAAUACAGAACUUGCCUUUGAUAAACAGUAGAGCCAUUGCCAGAUUCAGAGUGAAUGAACUUUUUUUUUUUAUGUAAGUAACUUUUAAAUGACAUGUUAAAUCAUUUUUGGUUUUCAUAUAAUAAAAUUCUUGUAAUAUGCAAGACAACCAGUUUUUGUGUCUUCUUAUCGACAAAUUUUAUAAUGUGCCGAGUGAAUGUAUUAUUAUUCUUAUGAAUGCUAAGAGGUCAAUCCCAAUUUAUCAAGCAGUCAUCCAUUUCACUUGCUACGUAUUGCAAUAGAAGGGUUCUGUGCAGCAUGUGAAUGGAUUCGAGAUUAUUAACAGUCGGUAAGAUGACAGCUCAGUAGCCCCAGACCACAUGCCUCAGUGUUUACAUCCACUUCAUUCUCUCAUUGGAUAAAGAAUAUAGAGAAGCAUAAGCAACCAGCCAAUGCUGUGGAUGUUGCAUGGUUAAACUGUCUGGUGGCUUUAGCUACGGACAGGCAGCCAGACUAUUCCAAUUCUAAAUAAGAAUGCUACUUAUUUUUUGCUGUAAAGCAGGUAACAUUGAAAAUAAUAGGGUCUGCCAUUCCACACACUUGUACUUUAGAAAUGUUACUGUAUAUUUUAAUUUCAGGGUCAUCAUAAGCUUCGCUUAUUAGUUUUACUUCUAAGAGUUCUUGUGUCUUUCCUUUUAAUGAAAUCACUCUUAGUAUUUACUUGUAACAAAAAUAAAUGUAACUUGUCUGUUAGGUUUCUGGUAGCUUGUUAGUGUCACAUUUUACUUAUUAUUAGAAAAGUCACUUGUACCUUGAAACUCUUUGUGGAAUAGAUAUCCCAAUACUGAAAUAGAUGUUGGAGACCUAGGAUGUCUAUGAUUGGGUGUUUUCAUGGCAACCACAGUGAAAAUUAAUCAAGGUUCAAUUUUAUUGUGUAAUGGAUGUCUUUGUUCCUAAUUGAUGCUUUAUUUUAUAAAUAAUACAAAUCUUUAUUAUGAAUUUGAAGAGAUUGGUUUAAAUGAUUAUUCAAUUUAUGUAUUCUUUGAAACUUAAAAAUACUUUUUAUUUGUAAUGUAAGUGUAUGAAACAUGCUCUGCCUAGAGAAGUUUUGUUUUAAAUGGCAAUACUCAUUAAUUAAGUGGCACAGAAUUGGAAAUUUAUGGUAAUAGGGAAGGGCUCAAAAGGAUGUAUCAGUAUUAAUGAGAGAAAGUGCAUUGCAAUUUAUCAAUUAUGGAUGUGUAAACAUGCCAAUGUUUUAUACCAGUGUAGCAUGUACACAUUUCUUUUCCCCCAUAGAGUAGACUGGUUAGGGCAGUGUAACAAUAUUAAAUAUUGUACAAUUUGCCUUGCACACACACUCAAGAUGAAAAUUUAAAUCUGGGUGAAGUGUUGUCACUUUCUUUCUCCCUUUAAUACUCCAAAAACAAAGAUAUUGUUGUCCUCUGUGGAAAUAUUCAAUCAUAGUACUUAAUGUGAUUCUUGUGGGACAUAUCAUAGGUGAAGGAACUUGUUAAUAUUGAUAGAUUUCAAGAGAAGUGUUAUCAUAUUUUGCUAUGUGAUUUACACUCCUAUGAUAAGCCUUUUUGCUUUUCAUGAGGUGCUAAUAAUUGACUAAUUAGAAUUGGGCAAAAUUAACUUGAUUUUCAAUUAUAAUUGUGGUUAGGAAAUGAGCAAUUGUAAGUAAAUUCAUUCUUGAAGUUACAUUCAUUCUACAAGUAUUACAGUUUAUCUCUUGAUCAUCCUUUUAUGGGAAUUUGGAAGUUUUGGACCCUGGAAAAUACAAUUAAACUUGAAAGCAUUCGUUUUGAAAUGUGAAUUUUCUUUUAGGGUUGGCUUAACAAAUGAAUAUUUGACAUGUUACAGACACCUUUUUACAUAUUUCACA